ACCCAACUAUCACUCCCUUGUUUCCAGAACUUCCCCCAUAUACUACUUUUCCAUUAUUCCUUCCCUCACCACCGGAUUGAGCAAGGAUUCUGUGUAGUGUACUUCGUACCAGAGUCUGAUACAACCGAAAAUAAAUAAGUCGGUCAUCUAGGUCGGGUGCUCAUCGCAUCUCAAGUAAUCUAUCUUCUCCAACACAUCAUCCCAAUCGUCUCAUCUAAAAGAAGCAAAACAUACGAGAAAACUGCACAACUCAUACUUGUUAAGUAGCCUCAUAACUAAAAGCUCAUAGCUUCUUCAUCAUAACCUGCCACCUACAAUCAUAGCUCAACACGUUCCUCUUCACUCUUCUCUACUUCCCUACUUCUCCCUUUAAUUUCCUCUCCUUUCUAUUCAUAAUCUCCAAUCCAGUCCCCAUUCUUCAAAUUCUCUACACCUACCCAUUAUAGCUGCCCAGUCAAUCAUCUCCCAACCUUAAUCUUCACAUACAAGGUGGCGGCGACAGGCCCGUUACAUCACAUCAAUUCUCCUCCACUUAAGGCUCCGGACCACCUUAUUACACUUUUUUAUUACUACCUGAAGCCUGGUUCCUGAUCUUGGUCUUGAAUAGAACAUUCCCCCAACUAUACUAGUCAGCUGUCGGCGAACCAGCAACCCUUGAAAGCCCCGGCCUCUAUACUCCAAAAGGGAAAAUCGACCCGCUAAAGUAGAUUCGACGGAUACUUGGUUAAACUUGACAUAUAUGGUAUAUGGCUAGUUAUCAUGAAGAACUGUCGAAACUCGCGAUUGGUAUUGGGAAACCAUAAGGUGCAUUCGAAGCGGAAUCAAUUCUAUCGGUAAAAGGAAAACAAAAGCUUUGUCAUUUAUUAAUCCAAAAGAUUUACGCUACUUUGCGCGGUACAAAGACUGGCAGAAGCUUCAACAAUUGCGCACAUCUUAGACUUCCCCACGUACGCCACAGCUUGUCUCGAAGAUCUUCAACCCAAAUUGUUCGAUACGACACCCAUGCCACCUUCGACAACUCUGCUUGCAUGCUUCCGCACAUACGAAGACUCGAAUACACGAGCUUAUCAAAUACUUUAACAUUGCCGAUGCCGCCAUUUUUUGAGGCUUAGAUGGUUGGGCAUGGUUUUUUAAAACUUCCAUGGGAAGGAAUCGUGGGAUGAGCAUCUUAUCGCCAGGUAUGGAUGCAAGAGAAUAUAAUGGGAUGUCUGGAAGGGAAAACACGGUGCGAGACUGGGGCGAAAAUGCGGCGGAGACAUUGGCACGAAGAUUCUCUCCGAGUGAGCCACGACGACCACGGGGUUCUGGCCUGGAUAGUACCAUUCGCACAGUUACACCCGAACCUAUCGAGGUAACAGACGACAACCUAAGCAUAUUGGAGACUCCGCCUAGGCUCUUUCCAUCUGUGCCGACCUCGCCGCGAUCGAUACCCGGCGGAGAAAAGCCUAAAGAACGGCGUCAAGGCCUUGUUUUCCAUGAUUCGUGCAGCAGUGAUUCUGUUGACAGGCCCGUUCAAAGUACCAUGAGCCUUCGAUCUCGACCUCGAACUUAUACUGUAGAUGCUACCACGCGAAAGAGGUCAGGCUCAGGAGGGGCUCCAAGAAAUAGGCAGCGGAUUGGUUCAAUACAUUCUACAAACUCAUCAUCAUUCCAUGACCUUGAGCCGCGAUCCGAUGGUAGCAUUGCGGUUGGAUAUUUAACUACUUCUAAUAGAAUUGCAUUGACUAAAUCAGACUCUCUCAAACAGGAACAGGGUAAUGGUAGACGAUUACCCAAAAAACAUUCACGGCCGACCUCGCCAUUUCAGGCAUAUGUGGAAAUACCUUCCAUCGAUUGUCUUCCAGAUCCUGUGUCUACUGGAGAUGCAAAGAAAAUAUUGCACCUUAUGAAAAGUUUACGCGGUCGUAUGAGGGGUGAAGUCGAGUAUCAAACGGUAGAGCGGGGCCAGUGGUAUAAGGGUAUGUGCUAUAUUGACAAUGUGAAAGGCUCUUUAAUGUACGAGGAUGAUGAUAAGGGACCUUUCCAUAUCGAUGUAGCAACCGACCUCCGAGGGUGCAGGGUCAAGCCGAUUAUGUACUCAUUGGAAAGACAAGUAAGGUGCCUGGAAAUAUUGAAUCCUAAUCUUGGCUUGGAUCUUCGUCUUCUACCAAAGGAUCCUGCUGAGUUCGAUCCCUGGUUAGCGGCAAUACUACCGUGGCAACAAAUCAGACUGGCGCCUUUUUCUCCAGGCCCGCUGAAAUCGCCAGUAGGAGCGCAUCAUGAUGACAGGCGGCCAGGCGUGGAUCGGCGCGGUUCCGCGUAUAGUAACAAAGACUCAAAUAUCAUCAAAGUAGCCAAGCUACUUUUGUGGGAUAAGGGGCCCCCACUAUCUCCUGAAUCUAUCAUAACUCGCCGUUCCACACGACAUCUGCGUAACUCUGGACAGCAGUGGCGUAGGAUAUCCUGUAUCCUCCAGGACAAUGGCGAUCUCAAAAUUUUGACAGAGAAUGAUGCUUUAUUGCUUUCAGUCGUUCAGCUUCCACAACUGUCUCGAAGCGCAAUACAGAAGCUUGACAAGUCCGUACUAGGAGAAGAAUACUGUGUUGCCAUUUUCCCACAGUACACAUCUACAUCUACAGACUUGUCCGUAUUUAGACCUAUUUAUCUAGCAUUAGAAUCACGCUUGGUGUUCGAAGUGUGGCUAUGUCUUUUGCGAGCUUUCACAAUCCCGGAAAUAUACGGGCAUGAUACUCCGCAGCUAAUAGAAGAGCACGAAAAAGAUGAGAAAUCUUGUGGACCAUAUGCUUCUUCGGCUAAUGACAUGUUUCGAAUAGAGAAGUCUCUUAGCAUGCGGAUUGUGGAAGCUAAGUUCCGGAAACCUGGCAUAAAGACAGAGGUACCUCUGUACGGCAGACACUCUGUAAGGCCAGAGCCAGAUGGGGUUCUCGGUGAUUAUUUUGCAGAGGUCAUGCUUGACGGUGAGGUUCGCGCCCGCACGAUGACAAAAUUGGAAACCAGGAAUCCAUUUUGGCGAGAAGAAUGCGAAUUCACAGAUCUUCCUCCAUAUUUACCCAAGCUUUCGAUAGUUUUAAAACGCAUGGAGAUGUCGCAACUAACUGUACAAGGAUUUUUGUCAAGCUCAAGCACCCCAGUGGCGGACCAGCAGGUGGAGAUCAUUUGUGGGGUUAUUGAGAUACCUGUUGACAAGCUAGAGCGAGGCAAGGACAAUGAGGCAUGGUGGCCAAUUUUGGAUCAAAAUCAGGAGCAGGUUGGAGAGAUGCUAAUGAAAGUGCGACAUGAUGAAGUCGUAGUACUCCUUGCCAAAGAUUAUCAACCUAUCUCUGGGCUUUUACAUAAUUUCAAUAGCGGGUUGACACUACAGAUAUCUCAAGUCAUUCCCAAUAAUCUCAGGCAAUUAUCGGGGAUGCUGGUGGAUAUAUUUCAGGUCUCUGGGGGCGGAUCCGAAUGGCUAAAGGCCUUGGUUGAGGAUGAAAUUGACGGUAUUGGAAAAGAAGCUCCAACCAAACGACUCAGAUACAGCAGAAGGAUUGGCUCCAAUGAAGUAUCCUUCACAUCAUUUGAUCGAGAACAAUCCGUUCGAGAUAUGGGCAAAAGUCUCAAUACCGAAGCGAACCUCUUGUUUCGAGGAAACUCUUUACUAACCCAGGCCCUCGACUUUCACAUGAGACGAGUCGGGAAGGAAUAUUUGUCUGAAAUUCUUGGAAACCAAAUUCGCACUAUCAACAAUAUUAAUCCUGAUUGCGAAGUCGACCCAUCUAGACUUGAUAAUGAUGGCGCAUUCGAUAAAAACUGGGAGUCACUAAUCGCUUUGACCACUGACGUCUGGAGGUCAAUCGCGGAUUCUGCAACGCGGUGUCCACCAGAACUGCGACAAAUCUUCAAAUACAUCCGCGCUGUUGCUGAGGAUAGAUAUGGAGACUUUCUUCGUACUGUCGCCUACACUAGUGUCUCCGGGUUCAUAUUUUUACGUUUCUUUUGUCCAGCAAUUCUCAACCCAAAAUUGUUUGGUCUACUCCCGGAUCAUCCUCAACAGAAAGCUCAACGAACAUUCACUUUAAUAGCGAAGAGCUUACAGGCCUUAGCAAACAUAUCAAGCUUUGGUCAAAAAGAGUCGUGGAUGGAACCGAUGAACAAAUUCCUCAAUCAGCAUCGUCAAGGUGUCAAAGAUUUCCUAGAUGCCAUUUGUGCUAUAGCCCCUGAUCGCACAAAUUUUGCAGUUCCUGCGUCGUAUUCUACGCCCAUCACCAUCCUCGCAAGACUACCGCCCACUUCCAGGGAAGGGUUUCCCUCUUUACCAUAUUUAAUCGAUCAUGCAAGAAGCUUUGCUGACUUAGUCAAAUUAUGGUUAGAAGGGACUGCACAGUCUACGGGCCAAAGCUUCGAAGGGGAUCUUGCCGAGUUCAACGAUCUCUGCAUAGCACUCAAGAAGCGCACCGACGAAUGCAUACUUAAAGCCGAAGAAUACGGUGAGCGUGUUGCUGAUCAAGUUUCUCUUCAAUUCGAAGACAUCGUUGAAGGUCUCCAAUCAACACACUUUCAAGAAUCUCCUCAAAUUCGCCCACUCCCUCCCAUACAGUCUCACCUCCAACCAGAACCAGAAUCCGAACAUCCUGUCCUCACUCCCCCUUGGCAGGAUUACUCCAUGAAUAACAACAUUGCCACUAGUAUAAAUAACACCGUUCAAACACCUCUCCGCGCUCCCGGCUCUGCUGGCAGCGGCAGUGAAAAAACCGGCCCCAUUUCUAGUAGCAAGGAAAAGGAAAAGAAAGAGAAACAGAAUUUCUGGGAAGCGACGUUUGGGAAGGAAUCAAAAAAUCAAAGACCUUUUGUGCCACCAUUGGAUAAUAGCGUGCAACAGUUGGGCAUGCAAGCCACGAGUCCUCCUGGUGAUAAAAAGGUAUUAGCGGGAUUUGGACUUAAUAGACAGGAAAAACAAAGUCGGAGUUUUCUGGGGGGAUUAAGGAGGAAGGGGAAGCCUGAACCGAAGAGUCAGGGGAGUGGAAGUAGUAAUGACGGGGGUUAUAUAAUGGCGCCGACGAUUUCAGGAGGACAGGGGAUGGGCAUUAGUCUUGAUACGGGAGGUGGAUAUGCGAGAGGACCAGGGGGAGAUGGUUUAAGAGAUGAAAUUGUUUCGCCCACGACCGGGGGUUGGGGACAUAUGCAAAGGGAAAAUCGGGGAGACAGCGGAAUGUUUUAGGAUGGGAGCGAUAGGAUGAAGGGGACGUGAAUGAGAUGAUCAAGAAGCGAGCGGUAAGAGGCAAAACUAAAGAAUGGAAUAAGAGGUAUCGUAGGAGAAGAUGAAGAAAGAAGCAAGAGUGCUUUUUUAUUUUUAUGAUUCCAUAUAUAUAUGGGUUUAUAUAUCGCAUU